GAGGAUCGUGUCUAUAAUAUGUCGACGAGCAUUGAAUUCCACGCAUUCAUCACCAUGGACCUAGCUGGUCAACCAGCAACGGCCAUCCAUCCAUCCAUGCAGCAUGGCAUGUCUGUGUCUGUCACAUGAACCACACGUCUGGAUGCUCCCCUGGUCCGCUGGCUGGCGAGGUCAGUCGGUCAGCACGUGGCGUCGACGAAUAUGUGUUUGCGGUUGAGCUUCUCCAGGUCCUUCUCUAUCUGACCCAGCAGACUCUCAAAGUGCUCCUUCCUGCACAACACACACACGCACACACGCACACAUCGCCUGGCUGCAGGGCUUGUCGGCUGGACGAGACACUGACUGACUGACCGUUUGAUUUUGCCGACGGUGUCGAGUUUGGUUUGGUGGCUCAUGGCCUGGUAUUCCCUGUUGACCUGCUCCCACUUGGCCUUGAAUCCCCUGAUGAGCGCCUCCUUCUCCUCUUCACCCAUCAGACGCAACUGCUGAUUGCGGGACUCCAGCUCCUCCUCAUGCAGCUGACAUAACACACACACGUGCAUGACAGACAUCAUUCCCACCACAGCACAGCACAUCCCCCCGCACCGGAUGCCCACCUCACCUUUCGGACGUAUUCGUAUUCGUUGGCAAUGUCUUGCUUGACUUUGUGCAGGUAGUCGGGCGUCAUGCCGUAGUCAGCCUUCUUGAGGAAGUCCUGCGUCGGCGGCAGCCUUCGGCGGGGUGGAGCCAAUAUCACGUCCACCGCAUUGGCCGUGAUGAAGUUCUUAUCCGACACCAGGUUCAUCACCGGCUUGUCGUUCGCCGCCGGCACCGGUGGACGAAGCUUCUUCUUGAGCUGGCUGGGCUGCAGCUUCUCGGGCGCUGUCUCCUUCAAACUCCUCACUGCAUGACGUGAGACACACACACAAGGACAGACAGAGACAGGGAAGAGAGGAAGACCGAUCAACCAUGCGCACAUGGCAUACGAGAGGGCCUGCCUGCCUGCCUGCGUGUGCGUGCGUGUGGCUGCGCACGUGGCGCGAUAGGCUUGGCAUGUGUCUGUUUCUUGAGAAAGGCGUACUGGUCGGGCCUGCUGAGGCCCGGCGACUUGCCGAAGGUGGCGCCGCCCUUGCUGAAGUGGUGGUUACUGCCCGCCGGCUCCUCGAUGGAGCCGCCCAGGUUGUUGACCCCUGGCUUGCUGGUCUGUGCGAGUCCGAAGGUGGAAGCGGUGGGGCAGGUGAAGGGGCUGUGUUUGGAGCGGUAGACGGGAGGCUUGACGGGAGGGGGGACCUCUGCAGGGAUGAUCUUGUAGAUGCUCUCCUCCUCGUACGGCGCCGCACCCUCCAUACCUGGCCUUCUAUCAACCAAAACACUGCAGAUAGACACGAGAGGGAACUUCAAGACACACAGAGGACAGAAAAGACUGUGAAAAUGAAGCCUGUGCCAGCUCCUGAGAAAAGCAAUGGAACCGCCCUUCUCUCACCUUGGGAUUUGCAGUGCUCUUG